AUGCGGGUUGCUGCGUGGCUUCUCUGGGUGUCCUGGUUCUUCACCUGGGCAGAGUACUCACAGAGGUGCAGGUGCCAAGACAUCUGUACAACAGAGCCAGGACUGAACAAGGGGUCAAAGAGCCAGGCCAAGGAACAUGUUCGUCACGGGGUCCGACGCCAGCACACGCCUCACAGGAGCAGGCCGCACCGCAGGAAAGGUUCCAGGGUUCGCACAGAGGAGACGCCGCCUCGCAUUGUCCACCACCCCUCUGACGUGGUGGUGAAAGUCGGGAAUCCCGCCACGCUCUCCUGCCGGGCGGACGGCAACCCCAAGGUGACCAUCGAGUGGCUGCGAAACGGCCAGCCUCUGGAGAUGGCAAAGGGAGAUGGAUUGCGGCCCAUAGCUCUGCCGGAGGGGAGCCUCUUCUUCCUGAGCGUAGGAGACGGCAGGCGAGGGCCGUCACACGAAGGUGUCUACACCUGCGUGGCCAGGAACAGUGCAGGCGAGGCCACCAGCCGCAAUGCUUCACUGUAUGUCGCAGUGUUGCAGGAGGAGUUCAGUGUGCAGCCCAGUGAUGUGGAGGUGGCAGAGGGGGAGGUUGCUGUCUUAAACUGUGGCCCCCCGAUGGGACACCCUGAACCUAAUGUCAUCUGGAAGAAUGAUGGCUUGCCCAUCAGCACCACUGAUCAUCACUACACUGUGCUGAGUGGGAAGCUGAUCAUCGCUCCUGCACAGAAGAACCACUCAGGUGCUUAUGUGUGUGUGGCGAGCAACAUUGCGGGAGUGAGAACGAGCAGGGCGGCUCGGCUUUCUGUGCUGGCCAAACCUGUGUUGGUGCUAAAGCCAGACAAUGUUUCUGUGAGGACGGGGGAGUCUGCCCAGUUCUACUGCCAAGCUAAAGGUGACCCCUCACCUGCUGUGGUCUGGAGCAGGGAGCAGGGGCCUCUGCCCAACGGCAGGUAUCUUGUAAACCCAGACCAGACUCUCCAGAUCCAUUAUGUGACAGCCCAGGACGCUGGGAAAUACACCUGCACCGCUGUCAAUGAUGUAGGUGUGGUCACUGCCAGCGCACAGCUACAGGUUGAAGAGGCUGCCAGCACUAAGCAGAAAGACCUCCACAAAGAGCUGUCAGCCCUGCGAGUUGCUCUGGAAAAUGUCAGCAUCGUGGCUCCUGGGUCUAACAUAUCCCAAGUACAAUGGAAGCUCCAGUCCCUCCCAGCCCAGCCUCAUUACCUCGAUGGCUUCGAGGUUCUCUAUCGCUCUCUGCUGCCUGCCAGCUCGGACUGGACAGCGAAGAAGGUGACACUGCCCGCCUUCCAGACUCAUGUGGGCCCCUUGAAGAGAGGCUACAAGUAUGAGUUCAAAGUUCGUCCCUAUGGCAGCAGCUUGUAUGGGAGGGAGAGCAACACCCGGCACCUUAGAGUCCCUGAGAAAGUGCCCAGUGCCCCCCCACUGAGUGUGUCCAUAACAGUGAGCCAUGAGCAGAAUAACACCAUCCAUUUGAGCUGGGGACCUCCUCCUUCUGAAACCCACAACGGUAUCCUACAGGGUUACCAGGUGUGGUGUGUGGAAUCUGAGGAGCAGCAGUACCAAAACUGGACAGUGGAUAGUGGCCAACACAACCUUGACAUCUCUGCUCUCAAACCAGGGAAACGAUAUUGGCUCACCAUAGCAGCUGUCAAUGGAGCUGGAGUAGGAACGCUGAGUGACCCCCAUGGAUUUGUCAUCAACCCACAAACUGGCAGCUCCCCUGAGUCAGACAACCAGAGAGGGGAUUUGUCUCAGGUCCUGGCUCUGCUUCAGGACCCAGUGUUGAUCGGCAGCAUUGGUGCCCUCCUGUGGUGCGGUUUGAUGGUUGCAGCUGUCUGCCUGUUCAAACGCCACAGCAGGACAGGCCGCCUGAUACCAGGACGUGGCAGGGCUAAAGGUUUGCACAGACUAGCCAGUGAAGACCUCAUCAUAAAACACAGGAUGGCAGCUCCAGACUCCCCUUGGAUCUCUGGAGGCUGGAGACCUGCCCUCAACCAGAAGUAUCAGGACUUAUGGGCCCAAGGUCAGAAACAUCCAGGGAUCAGGAGCGCUAGCCUCCCAGCCUCAUCCAAGAAGGACCCCAUCUGCCUGGACUCAGCUGUCCCCAUUGUGACCGACAGCUGCGGUGUCUAUGGCACAUUUUACGUGGACCUGAUGGGCAACGGCCUCAAGACCUUCAACAGCCCUGGGCGUUGCCCUAAAAUGCCUCACGGUCUGCUCCAUCAACAAGGAACUGAGACCAUCCAGAUAUUCACCCAGCCUGUUGCAAAGACCUCAGCCCUCGGUAGCCAGGAGGCACUACCGUGGAAACAGGCCAUACGCCCCCAGCCUAAGAUGGGUGUGCUGAGGGAGUCAUGGGAAAAGAACUACAGCAAGCAGGAGUUGCAUGCAGUGAACAGUGUGCCCAUGGUGCCAACCAGGAACCAGGCUUGUCCUUCCAGCAUCUACAAACAGAGACUCAGUCACGUACCAUCAGGCCGGCACGAGUGUAGUAAAGUUGCUGCUUGUCCUCGCCUGCUGCACUACUCUGCAUCAUUACACCUAGUGGACGUGCUGCCCCCCCCACCACCGAUACCGAAAGAGGACACCAUGGACACACACAGCCUCACCUCAGAUGAAGGCUCCAGUCGCUCUACAAAGCUUACAGUGGACAUGGGAUCUCUCCAGUCAGUGUGUGCUGCAUCAGGCCACUGUGGGCAACCAGGACCCACCACCACCAACACCACCUGCCCAUCCUACAGCCACCUGUCUGCUGCGUCAUGCUACAUGUCAGUGGAUGAUGAACAGGGUGGCACCCUGACAGCAGAGGAAGCCACGCAGUAUCUGGAGCUCAGUCCUAAACCUGAGAGAUGCAGCGCCCUGCCUGAGCAGCGUCCCUCCCUGCCCCAUCCCUUCUCCACCACCCUGGGCUACAUCUGUGGGCCAGUCCACUCCACUCAGGUGGAGGAUGACCGCGCCACCGUUGAACAUGAGGCCCCACCAAUUGGUUUGCGACGUGCCCGCCUCCAGAGCUCGCCUUCGUCCUGCUACAGCGAAUGGGACAGCUCGCUGUGGAACACCUGGAGCUCGGUCAUGGACGGCAACAUGGCCAGCACACGCACCAGCCUCAUCAGCUCGGUGGACAGCUGCUACACGAACGACAGCACCAACUUUGCCCGCUUGUUUGCUGUGGCAGCGGAGACCAUGAGUGGAACCUCAUUGUCAGACUUCUCUCCGCCGGCCUCCCCCCUCAGCACCUUCUAUCCGUCAUUUCGUACAGAAGGCGACUCCUUCGGGGAGCUGGAGCCUGUUCCUGCGUGGGACUGGAACAUGGCCUGGGUGGAGGAAAUGGAGGCUAAGUACAGAUCACACUAUCCCGACAGACACAACAGACCCUUUGACGCUUAGGGACUCUGCCAGAAGAAUAAAACAUACAACCUAACUGAAUCUUAAGAACUUCAGAAAGACCUCACAGCAAUCCUGGAGCUGCAAUACAAGAAGAGGGGACACAUAUAAUGCUGCAGCAGUUACUGAUUUACUUUUUUAAGGGUGCUAGAAACAAUUUUGAGGUCUGAAUAAUCCAGGGUUUGACGUGUAUCAAUUUCUUUGUUAAGAACAGCUAAAUAUCUGGAUCUGAAAUACAACUGGAGCCAAAUGCUUGAUGUUCGAGACGCCUCUGCUGGGGGAUGCUCGUCUGUUGUUUGUCUGUAAUAGUUUUCCCAGUUUACCUCAUCCUUCAAAUGACUUCCAUCGAGUUUCUAAAGUUUUUUUCCCUCUCCGUAUCCUUUCCUCUCAUUAAAGAAUAGGAUAAUGAGACUCUUCCCUCGGGAUGUUCUCACCCAUCGUGUUUUGAAAAGGCCAGAAAGACACAAAGACAGGAUGAGACAGAGGGAAAGCAGUCAUUACAGUCGGCAGAGGAGAUACAGUGCUGCAGUUUUCCUCCCAGCACACGUUUGUUUCCUGUUUUCAUAUGUUUGUUGCAGGAUUUUAUUUUAAGUCCGACCAAAUAGAGCAUAGCAUAGUGCUUUUGUACAAACCCUUUUUUACUAAUUAAGUGUACAGUAUAUAUACAGCAUGCUCAAAUGAUAUUUAAAGAAUUUUAAACACAUUCCAAAUCAUAUUCUGUUCUCCUGUUUAUUUUGGUGACUUCUUUGAUAUUUAGGGUUGUUUCUGUCUUUAUACACCCUGUCCACUUUUUUUAAUGCUACGCAAAGUUUGCGUUAGACAAACAGUCUGUAGGUCAGAGUAGAAAAAGUCCUUUUUAAAAAGUCAUCUUGAUUGCUUUUAAUUUUAAUUAACUUGAGGUUUUAGGUAACUUGAAUUUUAGAAAGCAUUCAAUUGAAGGUCAUGUAAAAGUAAAAGUGUUGCAUGCAUAGCUUAGUCUUUGCGUGACUGGUGAUUUUUUAUAUAUAAAUUCACUAAUGGUAGUAGAAGCAAAGUUUAACAUUUUGUAAGAAUUUGCAUAUUAUUUUGUUCACAUUACCUCACUUAUGUUUUAUUGUUUGGAAAUCUUGAUAUUGAUUGAAAUCAAGUCUUGGCCUUUACAUUUGGAAUGUGUCAAGCUGAGCUGGGGAAUAACGUUUUGUACGCGACAAUGUUUGACUGAAGUCGAAAUGAUUUUCCCUCAUGACAUUUAU